CAGUAACUGAUUAUCUUUGUAUUGAGCCAUAUGUGAUUGUAGUGAACUCGAAAUUAGUAUUAUUUAAUUAAUUAAUUUAUUUAUAAUGUCUCGUUUAUUAUUGUGUGUGUUUGCUCUUCUAGUGGUCGUUAGUAUUGACGCAGUCCCUGCACCAAAACCAGUGCCAGCCCCUUCACCUCAAUUCGGAGGUUUCGGUGGUGGAUACGGAGGUGGAUAUGGAGGCGGUUAUGGGGGCGGGUUUGGGGGUGGUUAUGGAGGUGGUUAUGGGGGCGGACCUUAUGGAGGUUUCGGGGGACCAGGUUUUGGAGGCCCAGGCUUCGGAGGGCGACGUUUCGGCCGUUUCCCUGGAGGAUCUAUAAGUUACUCCAGAAGCGGUACUAUCAGUUUUGGUGGUCCUGGUGGCUCAGCGGCACAAUCAAGUGCUGGUUCUCUAGGAUUUGGAAAAUAAUUCAAACUGUGGAUGAGGCUUUUUCUUUAGUGUUAUAUGUAAUUUAACUGUGUUUGAAUAAUGUGCUGUACCUGUUCAUUAAUGUAUUUUAAUAUAUCCGUAGUUCUAUGAAUUACUUUUAAAUAAAUAAUUUAAAAAUUUA